AGAGUAAUAAAAAAAAUAAAAAUAAACUGCAUUAUUUUCGGCUCAUUUUGUUUCAUUCCACUUUCGCAAAUUCUCCACCUUGUUCGCUGCAAACAUAUUCGAAUUCCACACGUCACACAGCUGUUUCACGAAUGAUUCAUACCGUUUUCGAUCCCAAACAACUCCAUAUCAACGAUUCCUUAUCGUAUAGGUAGUAUCAUGAUGAGAGGAUCGAGUUCGAAUGAGAAGUCAGAGAUCAAUGCUAGCUUAGAGAGUGAGAUUGAAGCAUUGCUGCUACAUCAGCAACGAAAUCGAGGUCUGAUUGUUGAGAGAGAGAGGGGUUUGGACAUAAACAGAAGCGGAAGCGCCCCUCCCUCAGUGGAGGGGGCGUUGCUAGCUGCAGGGAGUCUUCUUAGGCAUCCCAAUUUCGUGAAGCUUGGUAGCACUAGUAGUAGUAGUAAUGCUGAUAAUAUUGGCGUAUUGACUGAAGAGGAGAUAAGAUCCCACCCUGCCUAUUUGGAGUACUAUUAUUCACAUCAGAACUUCAAUCCUCGGCUCCCUCCACCUCUGUUGUCGAAGGAGGAUUGGCGCGUUGCGCAGAGGGUAAGGGCUGCGGGCAGAAAUGGGCUUGAAAAUGGGGGUGGGGUUAUGCCGGUAGGUUUGUCUGUUAAGAAAGCAGAAGAUGAGAUGAUCGAGCUGAGGAAGGCGGCUCUUAGGAAUAUGUCGCGGAAAAACUCUACUGAUUCUUUAGAGAAAGGUAUGAUGGGGGCGUCGAGCUCUGGAAUGGGAGUUAGAAGAAAGAGCUUCGCAGAUAUACUUCAGGAAGGGUGUGGACAGCCUACGAAAUCACAUCUUUCACGUCCUGCUAGCCAGAGCUCAGUUGCAGAUAUUGCAGAUAUGAUACCUAAUUCCAGCUCAGCUGAUUUACAUAAUAAAGCAGAAUCAUUUGAAUCUCUACACCCCAAAAAUAGUUAUACUGUCUUAUCCAACACUCAGAGCAAUCCGACCUCAUUGGCUUCUUGUGUCAAUGUAACAUCCUUAACGAGCAGCAAGACUGAGAUGGGGGGCAAGCCCCCAGCUCCUGCUCUUAUGGCACUUGGGAACGGAGUUCAUCUUGUCGACAACUUGACCUCUGCAACGCUAGUUCCUUCGCCUGGUAUCUUUGAGAUAGCCGACAUUGCCUCUUCUCUAUCUGGAUUGAAAAUGUCCAUGGCCAGAGGUCAGCUUCCUGGUGAGAGUAUUUCACAUUCGUCACUUCAGAUGGGGAUUAAUCCAACAGGGUGGCAGCAGCAGCAGCAUUACAGCGACAGUGCUAGAGUCGAAAACAUGGUCAUUAACACCAACUAUGUAAAUUUAGCAAGGAGUAGUGAACUAACCAGGGGGCCUGGUGUUUCAAAACUAACAAUCAAUGAGCAUGUAGGUUUUCCGAGAAGGACGUCUUCGACUACUAAUCUUCAGUCUCAACAUCAACACAGCCUAUCUGAUCUUGCAAGGCUGGAAGAUCUGAAGAAUCAAAUGCAAAACAACAAUUUCCCGGGUGUGAGUAUUCCUUCUCAGAGAAAUGGUGCAUAUUCGGUCGAGCAAAAGCAGGAUGGAAUUAUAGGGUCAUUCAUGGCCGGUGGUAAUGGAGACGGCCAAAUCUUGAGACCUAGCUAUCCGCCGGGGUUCCACAUUCCGGUCAUGGAUCCACAUCAAGUUCAGUAUAUCCAGAAAAUGUUGAAUCAUGGAAAACAUUCGGCUUGUGUGGCUGGAAAUUCUUCUCAAGGACUAAACUUUGUUGGUUCCCAUGGUCAUGACAAUUUUCAGUCUUUGGAGAAAGCUUAUCUCGAGGCGUUGCUUCUGCAACAGGCACAGCAAUUUCAGUCACACAUGUUACAGAAACCCGGCACUGUUAAUCAUCAUCAGUAUCAAUGCAGUCCUGGAUUUAACCCAUACGUUGCUUCAUUUCAAGGCAACAUGUUGCAGAGUUCUCGAGAUUGUUCGAGAAGUUCUAUGGUCCAGAAUGAUAAAUGUGCUCAGAUACAGUCAUCAUUGGUUAGUCAGAAGGGGGAAAACACUGGUUCCUGCGGAAGCAACUCACAAGGAAGAUUUGAAUCCUUAUUGGAGAUGCUUAAAAACAAUAAGACGAAGUCAUUGGAGCUCUCCGACAUUCUUGGUCAUGUUGUUGAGUUCAGUACGGAUCAAUUCGGGAGUCGAUUCAUUCAGCAGAAGCUGGAGACAGCAACAGUUGAAGAAAAGACAACAAUACUUUUAGAAAUCCUUCCUAAUGCUCUUGGUUUAAUGAUCGAUGUUUUCGGGAAUUACGUCAUACAAAAGUUCUUCGAGCAUGGUACUGAAGGUCAUCGGAAAGAGUUGGCAAGGCAUCUCAUUGGUCAUGUAUUGCCUCUUACUCUGCAGAUGUAUGGAUGCCGAGUUAUACAGAAGGCAUUGGAAGUGAUUGAUACAGACACAGGCACUAAGAUGGCAGCCGAACUCGAUGGUUCAGUGAUGAAAUGCAUUCAUGAUCAAAAUGGCAAUCAUGUAAUACAAAAGUGCAUCGAGUGCAUCCCUCAAUAUCAAAUUCAUUUCAUAAUCUCGUCGUUCUUUGGGCAAGUUGUGACUCUAUCCACACACCCUUAUGGCUGUCGAGUCAUUCAGAGAGUUCUCGAGCACUGCGAUGACCCGAAAACUCAACAGAAAAUCAUGGAUGAAAUAAUGAACUCUGUCUGUAAGCUAUCUCAAGACCAAUAUGGAAACUACGUCAUUCAGCAUGUCGUGGAGCAUGGUAAGACCCAUGAACGGGCUACAAUAAUCAGCAAGCUAGCCGGACAGAUAGUGAAGAUGAGCCAGCAGAAAUUCGCCUCUAAUGUUGUUGAGAAGUGCUUGUCUUUUGGUGGUCCCGAGGAGAGGAAACUAUUGGUGAACGAGAUACUCGGUUCAACAGAAGAGAACGAGCCACUACAGGCUAUGAUGAAAGAUCCAUUUGGCAACUACGUGGUGCAGAAAGUGCUUGAGACUUGUGAUGACAAGAGCCGCGAACUGAUCCUCUCCCGCAUUAAGGUCCACUUGAGUGCACUCAAGAGGUACACUUACGGCAAGCAUAUUGUAUCACGCAUAGAAAAGCUCGUUGCAGCCGGAGAACGGCACAUUGGGCAGUCCUCUUCAUCCAAGCAGAACAGCUGAGCUUUGUACAUACAUGGAUGUCACCGAGGCUUUCUACUCAAGAGGAACGAGCUAGUGUAACGUAGGUUUCGCUCGGUAAUAACCCUGCAUUUUGUUUCUUGAUUUGUGUAUAGGUUUUUUCUCAUGAUCGAGCCGAUAAUAAGCUUUUUUUUAUGGUGUACAUUUUUGUUGAUAAUUUUGUGUAGAGUGAUAGAGUCACAUUAUAUAUGUGUAUAGGAAGUUUAGAGAGAGCCACUUUCUUUAAAAAAAAUGAGGAAUCUUUGUGAUUUUUGCGGUA